AUGUCAGCACAGUUUGCACGGAAUCUUUGGCGUGUUGCGCGGCCCGCCGUAAAGACUGCCGGUUGCCUGCGCCCGGGAGCACCAACAUUCAGAUCCAGCGUUGCUGCCUUCUCAACAUCACCAGCUCGCAUGAUCAUGGAAACAACUGGCUUCACAGAGAAUCAACUUACAGUCCGUGAAGCAGUCAGCCAAGUCUGUUCCGAGUUCCCGAACACCUACUGGCAAGAGCACGACCAAAACGAGCAAGAUCCUAAAGAGUUCCACGCGGCGCUGGCAAAGGAUGGAUGGCUCGGCAUCGCCCUACCAGAAUCCCUGGGUGGCUCUGGGCUUGGUAUCUCCGAGGCGACUAUGAUGAUGCAAACAAUCACGGAGUCGGGGGCGGGCAUGGCCGGCGCCCAGUCUAUCCACGCCAACGUAUACGCAACGCAGCCCCUGGCUAAGUUUGGCACGCAGGAGCAACUCGAGAGCACCAUCCCUAAGAUCAUCUCCGGCGAGUGGCGAACAUGUUUCGGUGUCACUGAGCCCAACUCUGGACUUGAUACCCUCCGCCUCGCGACAACAGCCAAGAAACAGUCUGACGGGUCUUACGUGGUUACUGGUCAGAAGAUUUGGAUCACCUGCGCCCAAGUCGCCUCCAAGAUGAUCCUCCUCGCACGCACAAAGGCCUACGAGGACUGCAAGAAACCGAGCGAAGGGCUCUCGCUUUUCUGUAUCGACCUCGACAAGUCGCAGCCAGGUCUUGAUAUGCGCAAGAUCAAGAAGAUGGGCGGCCGCGCCGUUGACGCUAACGAGGUCUUCUUCGACAAUUACCACAUCCCUGCUAGUUCUCUCAUUGGCCAGGAAGGCCAAGGUUUCAAGAUCAUCCUCCAUGGUAUGAACGCCGAGCGGUGUCUGCUGGCUGGUGAGGCGCUGGGUUUGGGCUAUGCCGCCAUUGCCAAGGCGUCUGCGUACGCGCGGGAUCGUGUCGUUUUCAAUAGACCCAUUGGCAAAAAUCAGUCUAUCGCGCAUCCGUUGGCGGAUGCAUAUAUGAAGCUGGAAGCGGCUAAGUUGGCGACGUACCACGCUGCGCGGCUGUAUGAUGCCAGCAAGGACGACUCGUCCAUCCGUCAGGAUCAGGUAGGUGUGGCGGCUAACAGCGCCAAGUACAUGGCGGCCGAAGCGGCUUUCACGGCCUGUGAGCGCGCUGUACUCACACACGGUGGUAUGGGUUAUGCCGCCGAGUACGACGUCGAGAGAUAUCUCCGCGAGAUUUUUGUUCCUAGGAUCGCGCCCGUCUCUCGUGAGAUGAUCCUGUCUUACAUCAGCGAGAAGGUCCUUCAAUUACCUCGGAGCUACUAG